AUUCGAAUCAAGCAGCAAAGAUAUCCCAAAACAGAACCCUGGAAAAUCGAAAUCCAAAACGAAAAUCAAAACCAAAAAACCAGGGAGCAAUCCGGUGAUGCGUGUAGCUUUUAAUGAUUUAGAGUAAAAAUGUCAACAAUUGAGACCAAUAUGAGCCAGCCCCGUAAAACCACUAACGCGGCUAGAAAGAUUGAGACGUCAUUUGCAUCAUCGUUCAAAAGAUGGGGUAGAGGCCAUCCUUUUGUCAGAUACGGUCUCCCCAUGAUUUCUCUCACUGUUUUUGGGAGUAUAGGACUUGCUCAUCUCUUGCAAGGCAGGAAGGAUAUUGCUAAGGUGAAAGAUGAUCGAGAAUGGGAGAUUAUUGAGACACAAGGAGCACUAUCUAGAUCUGGACCACCAGGAUCAUACAAUCCUAAAAAGAUGUCAUUGGAAGAGGAGUUAAAGGCUUUGCAAAAGAAAGUGGACAUAACCAACUUUGAGUACAAAAAAAUUCCUAGGCCAAACGAAGGCAAAUCAGGCUAGUCCUGCUAGUUUGAGCUUGUUGCAUGUGUCACUAAAUUGCACUUUAGCUGGAAAGUUCAUGAGAUUUUGUAUUAUUUGUGUAGCAGUAGUGUUUUCUAGUUUUACGAGUGAAACACUCCCAUAUGCCCCGGUCGUUCAGCAAUAAAUAGUGAAUAGAUGUGAUACAGGCAUCCAGUUUUGCCUGAAUAAGUUCAAUGCUCAUAUUUGAUUAUUUUGUAUCCCAAUAGACCCCAGUGACAACCAAUUACACUAUCCAAUUCAUAAGUGGAAAACUAGCACUGGAUCAUACAACAAAUCUCUCCCGUACAUUUGUUGAGCAUACUUCAAAUGAAGAACUGGUCUGAGAGGACGAUAAUUGUUUAUUUAAACUCGGACGAGCAUAUGACAUAUUCAAGUCGUCACACUGCUGGUGGGGGUUCAGGUGGAAACAGACCUGGACAGCAACUUGUAAAUAGACCACAGCAGCACAGAAACCAGAUCCUGGAUAUUUCAGAAAUUG